AUGUUGCCAGUGGUACCCAGAGUAUUUGUGCUGGGGAACUCAAAUAUUACCAAGUUCCUGACAUACAAACUGGCAACUCACCCCAGUCAACCUACGGUGCCAGAUGUGGUACUGAUACUAAAGUCAGAAGAGGAAUCAAAGUCAUUUGUUGAUUUCCACAAGUCAUCCAUCACUGUCAGAAAUUUCAGUAUCAGAUACCCUGCAGUUUACAAAACACAAGUCAUGGCAACGGCUGGAGCUCCAAGAUAUUCAAAUGGUGCAGCAUUCAAGCUAUCAAAUGUGGUACUUGGUGGAAGUGAUUUUCAUAGAGCAGAUGAACUAUUAAGUGCUUUCCAAAGAUCAAUCGGACCAAGAACAAAUAUCUUAUUAUUGGACAGCAGUCGGUCAGUUGUUGAACGUAUACAGAAUCAUAUUUUCAAAGAUCCAGCAAAACGACCAACCAUUUAUCAAUGUAUAAGUAGUCAUCGGUUAUUUGGAAAGUACCCUUUUGAAGUUGGAACAUUAGCAACAGGAAACUUAACAAUAUGUAAAGUGCCCAAAGAUAUAAGAUCGCCAGAUAAAGAAGAGAUGAAUCUGAGUUUGGAUGCUCAUCUUGAUAAACAACCUGAUUUUAUAAAAAUGCUUGUUGAUACCACAGGAAUUCAUCCAGUUUUUGUUUCAUUCCGAGAUUUCGAAAUAUUACAAUUGGAAUCAUUGGUUAUCCGGGCUGCCACUGAGCCUUUAUCUGUUAUUUAUGACUGCUCAUAUGGUGAGCUAUUACAGAUGGAAAACAUAACAAAUUUGGUAACCCAAAUAGUGAAGGAAUCAGUGACAAUAAUCAAAAAAGCGCUUCCACACACAUUGGAAAACCCAUAUCUAGAGACUGCUUUAGAUGUAAAUAGACUUGUGACAGUCGUUUUUAACAUUUUAAGGGUAAAUUUUAAUGAUAUGUCCAACUUAAGAUUUCAUCUAAGAAAUAACAGAGAAAAGCUUCACCAAAAUACAAGUGAAUAUUUUGUUGAAUUAGCAAAAAAGGGAGGUAUUGAAUCCCCAGUUAAUACUCUAUAUGCAGAACAAGUGGAAGCUAGACACUCAAUGGCAAUGUAUAAGAGUAAUAGUGGUUUCAAGAGAUGGAAACCAAAGAUAAGGAAAAAUACAAUAAUAUAG